AGCUGCAACGUGCACAGAGACUGCGAGCCAUCCAUUCUGUUUCGGGAGCUAGAGGGUGUGCGCGAAGGAGAGGACGAGGAGAGGAGGUUUCGCGUAAUUACAUGCGGAUUCUGUUGAACGAAACAUCGUAGAGGGUAGCGGGCUUCAACGGAAAAAAACAAAUAGUGGAGUAGAAGCAACCCGCGCGCAACCAGGGGCGUAUUUGGAUACGGCAAUGGAUUUUAACCGGAGCACGAUGCUGAUGCUCCUUGCGGUUCUGCAGGUGGUAGCCCGAGCAGAGGAGACGCUACCCUGCCAGAGCGGCUUCAGCCAGAGUGUGUACAGCGCGGUUGUCAUGGACACGCCGCUGCAAGGGCAGCCCCUGCUGAAAGUGAGGUUUGUGGACUGUGACAGAGGUUCGGUGAAGCUGGGAGUGGACGAGCCAGACUUCCGGCUAGACGCCAACGGAACCCUGUACGCCGUGCAAGCAUUCCAUCUGGACCGCAAACACGGACGGAGUCUAACACUUUGGGGACGUGACCCCGAGAGGAAGAAGGAAUGGCACACACGGGUCAACCUCACAGCUCAGAUUCCGGAGAUUGUGUUCCCAUGGCGAAGUGCCGUUGCCGGGAGAGACGGCUCGCUGGCGCGCGUGAAGAGAGACUGGGUCAUCCCCCCCAUCAACGUCCCCGAAAACUCCAGAGGACAGUUCCCGGAAGACCUCGUCACUAUCCGAUCGGACAGGGACCGCAACGGGCGACUGCGCUACAGUGUGACGGGACCCGGUGCUGACCACCCCCCCACCGGCAUCUUCAUCAUCAACCCCAUCAACGGACAGCUGUCAGUCACCAAGCCCCUCGACCGAGAGGAUAUCUCCAACUUCCAUUUACGAGCCCAUGCAGUGGACAUUAAUGGGAACCAGAUUGAGAACCCCAUUGACAUCGUCAUCAACGUCAUCGACCAAAACGACAACCGGCCAGAGUUCGCCCACCAGGUCUGGAACGGCACAGUGCCUGAAGGGACAAGACCAGGCACCACGGUGAUGACGGUGACGUCCCUGGAUAAAGAUGACCCUAACACCCCUAACGGGAUGCUGCGCUACAAGAUCCUGUCCCAGCAGCCCCACAGCCCCAACAACAACAUGUUCACCAUCAACAACAAGACUGGAGCCAUCAUCACUGUCGCCGCGGGGCUCGAUAGAGAGAAAGUGUCCCAGUACACGCUGAUCAUCCAGGCCACGGACAUGGAGGGCAACCCCACCUACGGCCUCUCCAACACGGCCACCGCCGUCAUCCGGAUCACAGACAUCAACGACAACCCUCCAGAGUUCACCACCAGCCAGUUCCAUGGCGAGGUGAAGGAGAACCAGGAGAACGUGAUCGUGGCCAAUCUGACGGUGAGCGACAAGGACCAGCCCAACACGCCGGCCUGGAACGCCGUCUACCGCAUCAACGGCGGGGACAACUCCGGACGCUUCGCCAUCAUCACAGACCCCCUCACCAACGAGGGACGCAUCACCGUGGUCAAGCCAAUCGAUUACGAGACCACGCACUCCUUCGUGCUGUCGGUGGUGGCCGACAACCAGUCCCCGUUGCCGCGGGGGAUGAACCCGUCGCGGGCCUCCACGGCGACCGUCAGCAUCCGCGUCCUGGACGUGAACGAGGGGCCGGUGUUCGAGCCCAACCCCAAGACCAUCACCCAGGAGGAGGGCAUCCCCGCUGGCACCACCAUCCAGCCCUACUACGCCCACGACCCCGACAGGCACAUGAGACAGAGCAUCAGGUAUUCCAAGAUCUUUGACCCUGCAAACUGGGUUAAGAUUGACCCAGUGACUGGACACAUCACGACCAUCGCCGUGUUGGACAGGGAGUCGCCAUACGUGCGGAACAACUUCUACAAUGUCACCUUCCUGGCAACAGAUAAUGGCAACCCCCCUGCGAGUGGUUCGGGCACUCUCCAGAUCCUGCUUCGGGACAUAAACGACAACGCCCCGCGCGUGAGCCCGCCGGAGGUGGAGAUGUGUGAGAAGGCCGACCCGCAUGGCCUCAACAUCACCGCCGAGGACGGGGACAUGCACACCAACGCCGGGCCCUUCCGCUUCGAACUGGCCACCCGGCCUUCCGACGUGCGCCGCAACUGGACACUCGCACAGAUCAGCGGGGACCACGCCCAGCUGACGAUGAAGCAGGGCUACAUGGAGAGGGGCAUCUACGAGGUGCCCAUCAUCAUCACCGACUCGGGCCACCUGCCCAUGUCCAACACCUCCUACCUGCGCGUCAAGGUGUGCGUCUGCGACCACCAUAGCAACUGCGUGGACAUGGAGCGCAUCAUGGCGGCCGGCAUCGGCACCGGAGCCAUCAUCGCCAUCCUCAUCUGCAUCAUCAUACUGCUGGUGCUGGUGCUGGUGUUUGUGAUGUGGCUGAAGAGGCGUGAUAAGGAGCGGCAGGCCAAGCAGCUGCUCAUCGACCCUGAAGACGACGUCCGAGACAACAUCCUGAAAUACGACGAGGAGGGCGGAGGAGAGGAGGACCAGGACUACGACCUGAGCCAGCUGCAGCAGCCGGAGCUGGACCAUGAGAUCAUCAAGCCCAUGGGGGUGCGGCGUCUGGACGAGCGGCCCCUGCACCCCGAGCCCCAGUACCCCAUUCGCUCCGCAGCGCCCCACCCCGGGGACAUUGGGGACUUCAUCAGCGAGGGCCUGCGAGCAGCGGACACGGACCCCACAGCGCCCCCUUAUGACUCACUGCUUGUGUUCGACUACGAGGGCAGUGGCUCCACGGCCGGCUCGCUCUCCUCCCUGCACUCCUCCGUCAGUGGCAGCGACCAGGACUACGACUACCUCAGCGACUGGGGCCCGCGCUUCCGCAAGCUGGCCGACAUGUAUGGCGGAUACGACGACUAGCCGGCGACCGCAACCGCUAGCUAACUAACUAGCUGGCAUGUACGGGGGCUACGAUGACUAGCUAGCUCUCUUGCGCGUUAGCUAGCUAGCUGGCUCUCAAGCAAGCACACCAUACAUGUUCAAAGCACCGCACCGCACACACAUUCACACAUAUACAUGCAUAUGUUCAUGUACACUAACACAUGCAUAUUACAACACUAAAACACCCAUACAUGCACGUGUUUAAACAACACAGCACACACAUACAGUAUGUACAUACAGUACACACACACACACAAACACACACACACACACACACACACACACACACACACACACACACACACACACACAUACAUGCACACACGUUCAUAAACACAUGCCCAUAUACACACAUUUGCAUACCUUAACAGUACAUGCACCACAAAUGUACAUGAAUGGGAGGAUUAAAAAAAGAAGAACAGAUGUGAAGAGGAGUUAAAAAAAAGAAAAACAAAUGAAUGACUGGCACUUUGAACGAUUUUGACGUGAAGGACAUGAAACACGGACAUGCUUGUAGAUCCUCCAAACUGUUUUGUUUUGUUUUUUUUCCUCCCAUGAGAGUGUGAGAGAGAUACGAAGAUGAAGACAAAGACAAGGAGACGGGUCACCGUGGCAACCUAGAAGCAGUUCUCUGGAGGCCACCUUUGUUUUGUUGAAUACCUCAGAACAUGAAGAGGGAACCUACAAAACCUCCCAGCGAGAAGGUUGGGGGGUGGCAGGAGAACAUUGCAAGAACGUUGCGAGAACAUUUGCGAUUACACUUGAAUCUCACAGUCCAGAAGCACUGGGAUAUAUAUUGUGCCUUUUUGUACAUUUAUGUUCGGUUCUGCUGUCUGCUUUUUUGUUUUCUUUGUACAAUUUUUUUUAUCUGUUGGUUGGGCUUUAAAUUAUAACAGGCUGUGAGGUGAGUUGCGGACAAAAGCUGGUGUUUAUCCCCUUUUGUGGUUUUCAGGCCGACCAGAACAGAGCCGGUGCCAGUGCAUGCACCAGUUACGUUCGGCGCUAAAGUGCUUAUCUGCGAACCACCUGUGUUCAUACCGGGCUCUGAACUUUUUCCACACGUGACUGUGUUACCCGGAUGAAUCUGCUGAUGGCCACUCACUCUUUGCAUAGAAAAAAGUAUUUUGUGGUUCGCCUUGGGAACCAACUUUCUGGUUUGCGAACGCUAAGAUCUGUGGUGUGAAUACGACGGCCAGAUCGCGAUUAGGUGCAGGCACAGGCACCAGCACAGUUCUCAGUCAGCCUGAAUACGCCAUUUGAGUUCCUCCGUACAGCUACCAUACUUGGUGCAAAAUGUUGUCAAAAUGUCGUCAAAGCAUCACAAAAUGGCCACCUGAAAACAAGCAGGAAGGGCUGUACUUAUUAAAUGGAAUUAAAUACGGUACUGACAUCUGUGUCUCCUCAUGCAGUCUGGAAGGGGCUUUCAGUAACCUUUUAGUAACGUUUUUAGUAACGUUUCGUUCAUCUGUGUGCAAGGCUAUAUGCAGCUGGUGGCAUUCUUUUUGCUCGAUCUCAAAGGCCAAGAUCACAGCCAUGUAUAGAACCAACAGUAGACCUUUUUUUUUUGCUUUUUUGUUUUGUUUUGUUUUCUUUUUUUAUUAAAUGUAUGUUUUAAUUGUCUGUUUGGUUUUCAAUUGGCUGUUUGAGUCGCACACCAGGCCACUGUUAAAGUGUUAUGUUUUGUUAUUAUUAAUAAUAAUAUUCUUGAAUGGUUUUUGUUUCUCAUUUAUUUAUUUCAGAAUACAUGCGUACUUAAUUUGCCUUAGUCAUUCUAUUUCAUACUACUUUGGCUUUUAUCCACUGGAUAAAUAAAUAUGUAAAUAAGGAUUUUUUUUCUUGCUUUUUUGUUUUUCUUUUUUGACGUAGUCUAUGAAAAAUUGCAUUUAAAAAAAGUGCAGACUUGUACAUGUAUCAUUUGGACUACAGAUGGACGUUUUUUUGCAUGUUUUUAUCUUUUCAGUAUAAAAAAAAAUGUAUUUCCAAAAUUCAUUUGCAAAAACCAGAACGCUCCCCCCCUGCA